GGAAGCUACUGCUGCUGACAGCACAGCACUUGCAGGUCCUUCUCUGAGACCCAUGGUGUUUCGUGCCAGAGAUUUGCAGGUCCAGCCCCUUGAUCUGUCUCGGAUUUAGGAUUAACUCGCCUGCUGAGAGAUGGUCUUGUCUGAGCUGUUUAAAGACACUUAAAGCAGUUUUGUCCCCCCCCAGUGGUGAAGGACACUCUGACCAAUGGAGCCCCGGAUUCCCCACAACAUAACUGUGGUGCCAAACUCCGUCAUGGUACAGCCGUUACUGGACAGUCGGAUCCCAUAUGGGAGGCUGCAGCAUCCGCUCACCAUCCUGCCCAUUGACCAGAUGAAGACUACUCACGUUGAGAAUGACUACACCGACAAUCCCAGCCUUGCCCAGCUGGCAGCACAGAAGCGCCCCCGAGGCCACCAUGAACCCGCGCUGAUCAGCCAGCACCUGCAGAGAUGUGAGCAGGAUGUCACCCACCCCUGGAUCUCUUUCAGUGGGCGGCCCAGCUCCAUCAGCAGCAGCAGCAGCACGUCUUCUGACCAAAGGCUCUUGGAUCACAUGGUGCCAGCCCCCGUGGUGGAUCAGUCCUCCCCGAGAGCGGUCCGGAUACAGCCCAAGGUGAUUAAUUGCAAACCCAUGGAUCUGAAGGGACCCAUGUCUCAGGAGCUUGACAAGCACUUUUUACUGUGUGAAGCCUGUGGGAAAUGCAAGUGCAAGGAGUGUGCCCUGCCAAGGACUUUGCCUUCUUGCUGGGUGUGCAACCAGGAGUGUCUCUGCUCUGCACAGAACCUGGUCAAUUACUCCACGUGCAUGUGUCUGGUGAAGGGAGUCUUCUACCACUGCACUAACGAGGAUGACGAGGGUUCCUGUGCAGACCACCCCUGCUCCUGCUCCCAUUCGAACUGCUGUGCCCGCUGGUCUUUCAUGGGUGCCCUCUCUCUGGUCCUGCCUUGCUUGCUGUGCUACCUGCCAGCCACCGGCUGUGUGAAACUGUCCCAGAGAUGCUACGACCAAGUGAGCCGGCCUGGAUGUAGGUGUAAAAACACAAACAGUGUCAUCUGCAAGGUGGCGCUGGAUGGCAAAGCAAGCAGGCCAGAAAAGCCUUUCUGACCAUUUUGGGGGGUGGAGGGUGGGGGCAAAGCAGGGGGAUAUGAGAAAGGUGGAAGAGACACCAAAGGGGAGGUUAUAACCUGUGUUCUGGGGAUAACAUGUGUUAGCCUUUUGCCAUCAACAGAGAAAGCUGAAGUAACUAUUUUCCAUAAACUGAAGCACUUUGGGUUAUUCAGGGUUUUGGAUUUGAUUAUCUAAAGUUAAACAGAAGGGGGCCAAUGGAGGAGGAUUCUUAAUACUUUACAGAACCCAGGCUGAAAAGUAACAUAGACUACAGAGUACAGCUGCUUAAAAAGUCUUUUCACCAUCUGGUUCAUAGUGCUGGUUGCUCGCUGUGCCUACAUCCAGCAAGAAUAAUUAACUAUUAGCUUGGCAGGCACAUCAGCAGAAGCAAUAUUCACUUUCAUUCACAAAAGAAUAGUGGAUUCAGAGUAGGGUGGGUUUUCUUCCUUUUUCAACUCUGAUUUGUGACCAGCAGCUGUUGAAGGUAAAGGGUUAACCUUUUUCUCUCCACUUGACUCUUAAAAGUGCCAGUUGAGUACAAAGUAAAUGUUUUCCCAAAGCUUUUUCCUUCCCCCUUCCAGAACAGAUUUUGAAAUAGAAAUAAUUUUUUCAAAUCACUUUCUGUAACUGUCAUUGCCAUUUAGGUAUAUUUCUAUUCCUACCCCAACCAUCACGUUCCCCUUUUGAUGCCAAUUUUAUUUUCUGAUGGAGGUAGUGAUGGAAUCUCUCUCCCCCUCACCUCGCCUCAAUAAGAGGACUAUGGGCAUAAUGUGUUCUUCCCGACUUUCUUUCCCCCCCAUGUCAAUUUCUUUUGAAAUUUUACUUUGUCACUUUGCUAGUGAGCCUAAGUCUGUAGCCUCAGAUGUCACAUUUAGUAGAUUUUAAAAAUGUAUUAUUAUAUCAAUAGUAAAACUUUUUCCAAGGGGCUUUGAAUGAAUUUGACUUCUGUAGUGUUAUUUCUUGCUCAGCAAAUGCUGAUGUAGAAGUCUCACUAAACUGAGAAAUUACCCCCCCCCCCCCUUCUCAAACUGUAGUAGCAAGGUCAAGAAAAACUGAGCACAAUACACAUGUACAUAUUUUUUUUAAAUGAACAUCAAUCCAAUACCUGUUCUCAUGGAACAAGCUCUUCAGAUCUACUUUGCUGAUAAUAUUAUGGACUCAUUUUUUUGGCAGAAUGACAUUUUGCUUGAAGUAUUUUUUUUCCCCUUUAUUUCUAUUGCUGCUGCUCAACUUUUGCCUUUUCUGUAUAAUAGUGUGUCUUUGUAAAGUGUAAAUAGAGAAAUUAAAAAGUGUCUAUUUUAGUGUUAAUGAGUACUGGGGGAAGUCAAGGGUGCAUAUUUAUGGAACCUUGCCCUUGGUUUUCAGUAGCUGAUGAUCAUAGGCUAUGUCUGUGCACUCAUACAAGGGCCAAGUCUGCACUUCCUUAUGCUGCAGUAACCCCUUUCUCUUGACAACUGCAAGGUGCUAAACAAAAAAUGUUGUUCUAACAUGCAACAAAUCAAAUAGAUAGGUACUUGUUGCAUGCUGAAAGUUGAUCUAAUCUGUGUGUGUGUGUAUUUUUUUUUUAAUUAGAGGAAAUGUACUCCGUAAAUGCAUAGCAAUGACAGAGAAAUGCCAUUUUUAAUUAGAUAAGCAACAGGCAAAGCUUAUGUAGCAUUUUCCAGAAAUCACAUUUGCUUAGUUGCGAUACAAUUGCUGUUUUGUUUUUUCAAAAUGUACUCAUUGGAGCUUUUUUUUUUUUUUUUUUUUUUUUUUACUUAAGAAUUCAUUUGAGUGGGUGACUUUUUGUUAAGUUUAAUUGUAGAUAUUUAUUAAGUGGGGGAUUGUUUUUUUAAAAAAACUUCCUUUUUAUAUUUAUAGCAUUAGCUGGCUUGUUUAUGGUAAAUCAUAGAAAAGGUAUACUGUAUCUAUGUUACCAGAUACUGAUUCCUGUAGCUUACCCUCACCAGGAAGACACUGUGUGUGCAGUGAAGUGGUUUGUAUGUUUAAUCUUGCACAAAUCAGAGGGAACCUUGCAGAGAAAAAAGAAAAGAACCCCAAACUGGUUAAACUGCUGGUUGAAUGUAUAAGGCAUUGCUAUUUAAUGGAAUGAUAUAUCAUUUCAAGUAUAAAUGGGCUAAAAGAUGCAGCAACAAGCACAGAGAUCUAUAUCAGCUAUCUUCCACCUUGAAUAUAUGCAGCAUCCAAAUGGCCACCAUCUACACAUUUUCUGUUUACCCCAGGCCCUAGCUUAGUGCAGUAGGGUCUCCUAGUGCAAAUUUGCAGUAGAAAUUCUGUUGGCUGUCUGUAUGUUACUGCAAGCAAACAUAACAUUUGAAUGGUCUCCACUGUGCCACUCCACACUUGUGUGCACAUGUAAACACACACAAAGCAAUUCCAUAUUCUUACGUUCUCCUUUAAUGAAGAGGACCUCCAGCAACUUUUACUUUCAUUGUACAUAGCUGUAAUCUAUUUCUUUGUUGGCUUCUUUUAAUACACAAAUUCAGCUAUAACGUAAGCUGAUCCCAUGCUGGAAGACUGUAAAGCAUUAGUGGAUGCGUUGGUGCAGUGGUAAAUGUAGCAGAAUGAAGCUCCUUGUAUUCUUCGAGUCCUGUUGGUGUAGCAAUCAGUCGGCAUGUUUCACCAGCUCUUUGCCUGAGGCAUAGCAACAAAGUUGUUGAGCUUCUUGCAUAGCAUUCAAAAGAUUCUGGGUUAGACCAGGCGAGAGGAGCCUUGACAAUAUGACCCUAUUCCUUUUAGAUGCCUUUGGUUGCUGUGCUGAAGGAGGGUAUUUUUCCAGCCAACAAUUGAGUUUCCCCUUUUUCCUCCAAUUCCCCCCACCUUCACUUUUAAGGGACAUACUCCCACUUUGAUCUCAUGCCACUCCAGAGACAUAAAGCAUACAGGGACAUUCUAAUACGCCAUCUAAAUGUGGGCUAGGCUAGAGCCACACCUAGUUUUCAUAAAAUAAGCUGCCUACCUCUCAUGCAGAGAAAACAGAUCCUGACAUGCAACAUGGUUUGUCAUCCCUGCAAGCUACCCCACUCUUUUAGGCCAUGUCUAUGCUACAGGGACUCCAGCAGCAUAGCUGUGGCACCACUACUAUGCCAGCAUAGCCCCCUACUGUAGAUGUAGCCUGUAGUGAGGGAAGGGAUUUUUUCCAUUGGUUUAGGAACAUCACCUCUCCAAGUGUUGGGAGCUAGGUUGAGAGAAGCAUUCUUCUAUCUCCCCUGUCUACUUAGGGGGAUUAAGCAGCAUAGUUACAGCACUCAGGCAUGGCUGUUUUACACACCCUUGAGCACCAUAGCUAUAUCAACCGAAGUACAGACCAGGAGAAUGACUGCUGACUAGGCCAUAUAAGUAUGAACUCUAUGUCACAAUCCCUCGGGCUACUGUCUGGUCAUGUUGGCAUAGUGCCAGAGGGAGCUGGCUCCUAUCCUCAUGAACACAAGUGGGAGUAAGGCACCUGCUGAGAGGACUUGCCUAUUUUGUGCAUCCAGAAGAGUUUUUAAUUUGCCUCUUCUAUGUACCCACUGCAGGGGAAGCAAAGGUAUUCCCUCAGAGCCAUGCUAUGGUGUGAACAGAACAGUGCUCUGAAAGGAGGAAGGGCACAGGAUCUGGCACAACACUUAAGUUUUACUGUCUUUUGAAAGCGCUUUCUCAUUGCUUUUAGUAAACUAAUAUCUCUAGUUUAUUUCCUCAGUUUCUGUCUCUUGCAGCACUGGGAAUUUUUUUUCUUUCACGGUAUGAAAAGCUGUUCAAGGAUUCCCUCCCCUACCAACCAAUCACCUCCCCCCCCCACACACACACACACACAUACCCCAAAAGUUACUACAGAAGGUUUCCUUUGUAUAGAAUAUUUAUUUUGAAGCUCUAUUUUAAUAGUAUUUAUUUUAGAAAGUCUACUAUUGUAAGAGUUCUUCUGUUUGUGAAG